CUGUAUGUGAACUCCAGUUGUCCCACUAUAGCUACUGCAGCUGACGUGUUUGUUCAAAACUUCGUUUUAGGGGUUCUUGGCGACUACUACCGUAUUCUGCCACCAGGAGAUUAUGAAGUGAUCGUUACCGCUGAUGGUUACGAGCCAGCUGCUCGCAAUGUGACCGUCACUAACAAAGUCCGCGAUAGCGCCAUGGUUGUGGACUUUGCUCUGAAACCUCUCGCUGAACAGGAACCAUCUGAUGAAGAAAUCGCUGAACUAGUCGAAGCACUUCAAGAACAACAACAAGAAUAA